AUCACACACUCUUUCCUCUUCGUUUUCGUCACUCCCUAUUUUGAUUCCGCCGGAACCCUAAUUCGAUCUGCCGGAAACUCCACCACUCCGAUGAGCGUAAGAUUGGGGAGAAGCUGAGGGCCGGAUUUCGUCACCGGAUGGAGGGAGGUAGCGUCUCUACACUUGUUACUUGUUCUGGGAUUUACCCAUGGAUUAUGAUGACAGUGAUUUUCAAAGCCAGAAUCUCCAUUUAGCUGGUGAAGGGAGCACUGAUUGUCCUCCAGUUUUACAGCCAUAUUGUCUUCCCAAGUUUGAUUUUGAUGAGGGGCAUUUGAGGUUUGAUAGUUUGGUUGAAACUGAAGUUUUUCUUGGCAUUGAGAGUAGUGAAGCUAACAACUGGAUUGAGGAUUUCUCUCGUGGGAGUAGUGGGAUAGAGUUUAGUCCAAGUGCGGUAGAAUCGUGCUCUAUAUCAAGGCGAAACAAUGUUUGGUCUGAGGCCACAUCCUCAGAAUCUGUUGAAAUGCUAUUAAAAUCUGUUGGGCAGGAAGAAAUAAUUCCCGCUCAGACUAUCUUUGAGGAAUCAGAUGCGUGUAAGGAAGUGGGCUGCAUAAAGCAAAUGGAGCCGAAUUUGAAGAAUGAUGAUAACAUUCUCACUGAAAUAGGGGAUGUUAGAGAUCUAGAACAUUCUACUUCACUGCCAGAUGAGAUUGCUGGAAACCUUUCUGGCGUACAGGAUGUUGGAGAUCAGCCUCGACUUGAGGAUGCUUCACAAACUCGGGAAGUUGAAUUACCGGAAAUGAUGUGA